CGCAACUCGUACUUCGCCAUAGCAGCAGCCAUUCCUACCUUGGUAUGUACCCGCACCCACACAUCGAUUCAAUAACUCCCUGAGUGAUGUCUGGCUGAUCUUCAGCCUCGCUCAAACUGGCUGGACUGUCUCGGGCUGCUCAGCCUCGCCAGAUGCAUCGCAGGGCCCUUUUUCGAUCUCAGUCGACAUGGCUUUGGACACUUCGCAGUCCGACUUUCCAUGCUCAUUAGUCAUCCAUAUCCCUCUCCUAAACCAUCGCCUCGCCUCCAUCGCCAUGCGCGCUCUACAAGUCGAUGCUGAGUUGUCCCCGCUGGUUCGUCGAGAGUUCACUUUGGUCACCCCGGGGGCUGUCAAUGGUCAUAUAGUAUUGGGUGACGAUGGAUUACAAGACGCCCACAAAACGGUUCUUCGUACCCAGUAUAACGCAAUUACCAAUCGCAUGCUCCGAGUCGCUGUGAAUGGCUUCAUGGAGUCAUUGGGCGUUGUUCUUCAGGUGAUGGGAGAAUUGGAUGUGGAUAUUCCUCAGUCAAGGUCAUAAUCCUCACCAAUAACACGCCCGGCAUGUGUUUGGCCUCUGAACAUGUGUUCAGUUUAAAACGAUGGUCAUAUCCGUGGUUGACUCUGGGGCCGAAGUGGUGACGUGAGAACAUCACAUGGACGCUCGUGCUUUCAGCAAUAUAGAUGCCAGCUAAGUAAUGUCUCAGUACUCUCUUGCGUGGCGUCGAGACUCUGAGUCAUUGCAAGCUAGCUUAAUGACGCCCAUUCCGGGGCCAAGUCAAGCUUUGAUGACAUAAAUUGUCAUGGUUGAGAACCCGACCGACAUCUUCC